UCUUAACGCUUCCGAGCAGCGUGAGCUGCAGUCUCGAAUGGAGCGAAAGCAGAUGAAGGAAUUUAUGACCGUGAGUCUCGUCAUUCCAGAUCCGCAAGAGCCAUGUUCUCCGACCCCUUUUAAAAUGACGCUGCAUCGCGUGCUUCGACUUCCCACAGGAGAAACCUCCUCCGCUAACACUUCCCUCGGCCGAAUAGAUGUACUCCAAGCUAGUUCAGCGAUGCUUUGACGAUUGUGUCAACGAUUUUACCACAAAGUCUCUCCACUCGAAGGAGGAAGGCUGUGUGAUGCGUUGCGUUGACAAAUACCUCAAGGGCUCCGAGCGGUUAGGCCAGCGCUUCCAAGAGCAGAAUGCCGCCAUGAUGCAGGGUCAGAUGCCAGGACGGUAAAAUGCUUGAUCACAGAAUAGGAGCAGGGUUUGCGUCUGAAAAAUAAUGUACAAUAUCGGCGUGGGGGAU